UUUGCUAAUCCUGAUUUUAUGGAAUCCAUUUCGGAUGUAGUUGAUGAAGUUAUACAGAACUGUCCCAUUGACGUCCGGCGUCCAUUAUAUAAGAAUGUGGUUCUGUCAGGAGGAUCCACGAUGUUCAGGGACUUUGGACGACGACUGCAAAGGGAUUUGAAGAGAGUAGUGGAUGCAAGAUUGCGGCUUAGCGAGGAACUCAGUGGUGGUCGGAUAAAACCCAAACCAGUUGAAGUUCAAGUGAUAACACAUCACAUGCAGCGUUAUGCAGUUUGGUUCGGCGGUUCCAUGCUGGCUUCAACACCAGAGUUUUUCCAAGUAUGUCACACCAAGAAAGACUAUGAAGAGUAUGGCCCUAGUAUUUGUCGUCAUAAUCCUGUUUUUGGAGUCAUGUCAUAACGCUCGUCUAAUGAAAACGAUCUCCGAUAUCUUGCUGGUGAAGAAACUCAUGUAAUGCAGAGGAAGGCAGCAGAUACUGUAAAUACUGAAGCAAGAUGUGGUUGUCUCUUGGAAGCAUUUGGAUCACCACCGUGCACUAAAGCACAACUUACAGCCCCAAGUCAUUUCAGUAAAAGCCAUUUCUCUGCUGACUACUUUAAAGCCUAUCCUUCUUUCUUCCUAAAUGUGAGGUAAUUGAAAAUAGGUAAGUCUCGGUUUAGGAGGUUGUGCAAAUACUACUGAAACUGAAUCUAGAAGAAUAAGGCAGUGCUUUACUGCUUGUGGAAAGAUUUAAACCUUUCCCACUUUUGCCCUGAUUCUGCAAUCAAAUCUUUAGCAAUGAGCACUAAAUACCACAUUGCCUUCAGGGGAGUUGGAAUGGAUGCAGGUACCUGCCCAAAUGGAUUAGAUUGCAGGAUUGGGACUGUACUUUGUAAAUGUAGGUUUUUCAUAUCAUUUUGUAUUUUAUGAUAUUGGUAGGGUGAAUUGAUGACUAGUUCUAAGCACGAACAGCUAUCAAUGUCAUGGAGUGAUGUUACGCAUUUCCAGGUGUGAGGCAUGUAUUGGAGUUGUGCUGGUAUUUUUUUUGGCAAAAAAAAAAAAGCCAUGUAUGCUAGAAACUGAUUUGUUGUUUGGAUGACACAAACUAAGUGAUUUACAAUAUUGUAUGAAGUUUAUUAUAGCCACUGCUACUUCGUUUUGAAUUUUCUGAAACUGUUUUAUAGAAGAUGAUGUUUUGUUUUGAUGUUGGUGAGUGGUGGAUGACACACGGGCCUUGCACCAGUGAAAUAAAAGCUGUUAACAUCUUUAUGAA